UCAAAAAUGCGAGGCGUCAGCCAGCGAGAGGGCAGGGAACACAGAGGGCGCCUUUCUCGCAGCCGGCGGCAGGUACGCGCGGCGCGGGGCGGUCCCCGCUGACCCUGCACCCAGGCCUGGACCGCGCAGUACUUCCAGGGGCUUCCGACGAGACAUCGGGACCUCGCCCCUGCGCCAGAUCGCUGUCUCGCCGGCAGCACCCGGCGGACCCCUGGGCGACCGCGCCUGCAGGAAGCCCUCCGGUAGACUCAAAGGUGCUAUCCGUGGCAUGCUCAAGCCCAAAGCUGGAAGAGGAAGAAGUUGCACGUGGGCAAGUCUAUGUCCUCUUGCGCCCAGGACUUGCUGCUGAGCUGAGAGGUCUCUCCGGCCCAGCCCAGCCAAGCACCAUGGAGAAAAUCAGCGCCUUCUUCAGCGCCAUCUGGGACACCAUCUCAACCAAACACCAGGAGCACCUCUUCAACAGCAUCUGUCUGGGCAUCCUGCUGGGGCUGCCCCUGCUGGUGAUCAUCGCAUUCCUCUUCAUCUGUUGCCACUGCUGCUGGAGCCGUUCGGGCAAAAGCGGCCAACAGCCAGAGCAGAACAAGGGGAAGAAGAAGAAGAAAAAGAAGAAGGCUGAAGAAGACCUCUGGAUCUCCGCCCAGCCCAAGCUUCUCCAGAUGGAAAAGAGGCCCUCACUGCCUGUCUAGUUAGGCAGGAGGCAGAGGUGUCCUCCCUUGGGGGCUCAGCUGCCUUCCAACCACACACAGGGUAGGGGGCAGAAAUCCCUGAAGUGAUGCCCUCACAUCCACAGAGGAACUACUCAACCAGGGAGCAAACCUCGGAUUGAGCAUCCUCGUGGAGGGCACUCCCGGGGAGCCUGGGGACAAGUCUUGGGUGGUGUCUCAGCCCCUCCGUGUCCAAUCGCAAUGCUCUUGACUACAGACUCAGGCAUGCCUUCCACCUAUCUCUGGCAUGUUCCAUAUGCAAAGCACAAGGAACAUCUAUCCAUAUAUCUUGACAUAUCUCCCAAAUGCACACAUGCACACCAUGCACACACCACAAAUAAACACACACACACACACACAUAUAUUCAGGCAACAUGUCCCUGGGCAAGUAUAUUCUGUUUAUCAAACGUCACUGAACGUCUACUUUAUGGAAGGCUCUAAAUGAGGCAGAACAUUAUCUGCUCUUGCAAAAACAUCUCAUAGGGAGGCCUGGCCGAUCCAGGCAUACAUACACAAUUACAGGACCAGGCAAGAAGCCUACUUGCUGUCAGUUCCAUUCAGCACUCAGGUUAGAGAUGGAUGCUUUCCUGUUCCUUUCCCUACAUAAUCUUUUACUGGAAAUCAUAUUUGGACAUUCCAGCCACCUGGUACAGUCCCCAUUCCUGUAUACACACACACCAAGUUCCUGUGCGUCUGACCUCUCCCCUGGGAGGAAAAGUUUAAAGUGUGAUGGAUCAAAAGUCAUCAAAAGCUAUGGUCCUGAAACUCAUGACAGGGUCCUGAUUACCAGUGAUGGGUGUUUAAUGUAAACACCCAUCAUUGCAAAGACCUCUCUUUGCAAUGCUAACCCCAGAACCACUCAGCAAAGCUCCCUUCUCCAAGCAAGAACAAACAGCUCCUGGCAGUGACUGCUAGAAGGCUACAGAAACCAGGGGUACUCCAUCCACUUCCGUGGACUUCACUGUGCACCUGUGCAAUGUACGUUUCACAGAUAGAAAGGAGGUGCUACCCCUGAGCCGGGGAUCUCCUGUGAGACCACAGGGAAAGAAUUAAGACAAUCCCUCCCUGGUACAGUCUCACAGAAAGCACACUGGAAACAGUUUCAGAAGGUUGUCGUGGAUGCACCGUAUGUUGCGGAUGGGAUGCAGAAGUUACAGAGUUUAAAUAAAAGUAGGAUGAAGCUAUACAGAGAUUUAUUAAUAUUUAUCUUGAAGCUCAGGCAAGUGCCUUGCACACAGUCGGUACUCUCAGCUGUCUGUGGACGCUGGUGGAUACACGAUGAUGUUAAGGGUAAACCUGUAAUACCUCACCAGUUCCCCCAGGUGACCUUCUCUCCUACGUGAGCCCACUAACUGCUGCAACGGAUGGAAGCUGGGUAUUGAGUUCCGCAGGAGGAGGGCACCUGCGGACUGAGGUCGGGCUGACAAGUGUGCUCUGAGGUCCAGGACAUGCAAACUAGGUCCACGGUGAGUUAAGGAGAAUGUCUCCCCACUGGACUGCGGUUGGGAGGUCAAAUUAAUCCACUCAUAGGAUGAACUGGUUGGUAUUUUGAUUGUCUCGUGGCCAUAUCACAAAGAUGGACAAUUCCCAACGUGGGAGCCAGUUGCGCUGUAAAAGUUUAUUUGCAAAUCUGCUGGGUAGCUCUCUUGAAAUAUUUUCCCAUGGAAGCUCUUCUAAAUGGUGGUGAAAUUGCAAUUUAAUUAAUAAUGUAGCAAAACUAUGAUAUUUAUAGAAGCAAAAACUAAAUUCUGUAAGACGGUGUUUAUGGAAAAACGUACUCUGCUCACUUGGGCUGGCUGGUGCUCACCUGCCCUCCAGGUAGGGUCCAGGUGUGGUCCUGUGGAGGGGGGGUGUCCGGGGGCAACUCCUGCACCAAGGUCUUCUGACUGGUGACCCUGUGAAUCGUAAUUCAGUCCUGCUUAUAUUUUAAAACCAGUCUCGUUCAUCCUCUCACCCUAAGUGGCCCUAAGUACCCUGGACACUCAGACCCCUCACUCAUAAACCUCUGACAGAGAGAGAAGCACCCUGCGGUGCUCUGUCCCCUUGCCACGAGGAGAGCUGUCAUGGAGCAUCGGGCUUUCCCCUGCACAUACCAGGAUGACUCAUCUCCCCUCACAACACACACAUGCCUCCCCACGUCUCCCACCGCCCACCAGGGUGAGCUGCCCUUUCUGUCUCCAAGUCUCAGCCCCCCUGAAACGGAUGACUUGAGGGAGAUGUGGGGGCUGACGGCCGAGACUGGUGUCAGAUGUGAUCUCCAAGAGCGGAUCUCCAGGAUCGGGGACCGCACAAGUACCAUGGUUGCCAUGGCAACUGGCUGCUGGUUUGAAUUAAGACAGCAGUCAGUCAUCAUUGCCCUGACAAGGCCUCCGUCUCCAGGUGCAGUGCUGCCUCCUCACUGAACGGACUUGCUGUACCUCUGGGCAUGAAACACCCAGAAACAUACUUCUCGGUUGCUUCCACAGCCAUGUUUGGAGACCCAAACCCUGGAGGAGGCUUAUCUUUUCCCCACCCAACCUCCCCUGACAACCUUCACUGGAGUACCCAGAACAGUGCCCGAAGCAUGACAGGCCCUCAAAUUGCUGUUGAAUAAGUGGGUGCAUGAAAGGAGCUCAAAGUGAUUACUGGGGUCCACUCCAAUAAAAGCAUCCCCGCUUCGUUCUCAUCUGUCCCUCCUCUGUUCCUUUCUCUUAUCCCUCCUCUCUGGGCACCACCUGGCUCCAUCCCUUUACUCCUCUACACAUUACUCCUCCUUCCCAGCCUCUGUCCCAGAACUGCCUCAGGACUGCAGCCUGCUUGGCCCACAGAGGGCCAAAAAGACGGUAAGGAAGAGGCUUCCCAAACCAUCACAGGCUUGAGGAGGAGCCCCCAGGCCCGGCACUGCUGAAUGGCUUCAGCGAGACUCAGACACCACCAAGAGGCCUUUCUCCUGAUGCUCAAAGGAUUUGCUGCGGGUUUCUGGGAGGGGAAGAUGUAGAGGAAGGGCAGUCACCUUAUCACGGAGAACAUAAAUGGUCCAAGGUGUACAGUAUUUGUCAGUAUUUUUGUCUUCUAAAAAAUUUAAACUCACCAAAAGAAAAAGUUAUUUAAAUAAAAUACUUGGAAAAUAAAAA